AUCAAAACCGAUUUGCUUGUAGUCAGAAUACUUUAUUUGACUCGUUUCCCUUCUCUAUAUAAAUCCAUAGUCAGGGGAUGAUAUGUACAGAAAAAAACUAGAAAUUUAUUCAACAAUGUCUAAGGUAUUGUUGAUCUUAUGUAUUCUCUCGGGGCUUCUGCUCCUUGCUCAGGCACAUGACCAUCAUAAGAAAAUUAAAUUUUAUCAGCUGGAGAGAGAAAAUUUCAAGUUGAAUUUGACAAAUUACGGUGCUACAAUUAUCUCUGUCAUAACACCUGAUAAACACGGGAAACUAGCCGAUAUUGUUCUUGGCUACGACUCCAUUGAUUCUUAUAAGAAUGAUACAUGUUAUUUUGGUGCCAUUAUUGGACGUGUGGCAAAUAGGAUUGGAGGAGCUAAAUUCACUUUGGAUGGCAAAACCUACAAAUUGCCUGUUAAUGAUCACGGGAACACACUUCAUGGUGGCACAAGAGGCUUCAGUGAUGUUGUUUGGUCAGUGGAAUCCCACAAGAAACACAGUCAUGUAACAUUUUCCUAUGACAGUUUUGAAAAUGAAGAAGGCUUUCCCGGAAAAUUGAAGGUGUCUGUGACUUACAAGCUUGUUGGUAAACACAAUUUGUUUGUGAAAAUGAUUGCCAAGGCAGUGGACAAAGCCACACCAGUGAAUCUAGCGCAGCAUACCUAUUGGAACCUUAGGGGCCACAACAGUGGAGACAUUCUUUCUCACAUUGUUCAAAUCUUUGGCUCACACAUCACACCAGUGGAUGAAGUUCUCAUCCCCACUGGCGAAAUCAUAUCUGUUAAGGGUACCCCAUAUGAUUUCCUUGAACCAAGAAAAAUUGGAAGCAAGAUUCAUGACCUUCCUGGUCUAUAUGACAUGAACUAUGUGCUAGACAGAAGUUUCCAAAAGCACUUAAGUAAGUCUGUUGAGGUGAGAGACCCUGUCUCUGGGAGGAAAAUGGAGCUGUGGUCAAACCAACUUGGUCUGCAGUUCUAUACUAGUGGCCAGUUGAAUGCUACCAAAGGCAAGGAUGGAGCCAUAUACCACAAGUAUGCUGGCAUUGCCUUGGAGACUCAAGGCUUCCCAGAUUCUGUGAAUUACCCUUACUUUCCAUCACAGAUUGUGAAGCCUGGGGAGAUUUAUGAGCACGUCAUGCUUUACAGAUUGACAGCUAGCUAAAUAGAAUUCAGAAUUUACAAUAUUUACUUGUCUUUGGCAAAUGAAUGUAAUGAUUUUUUAUCUUCU